GCCGAUUCUCCUCCGCCUCUACCAUCUCGGACUUUCGCCUCUGGAUCGCUCCUUCCCCGCGACCCUGUCAAAAAUUGACUCUCACACCAAGACUUUUCUUCGCCCCUCCGACAACUAACAUUCAUAUACCACAAUCAUAAUGGCUGAAGUCGCAGAGAACGGUCCUGUACCGGUGAACGACGAGAACACCGCUCCUGGCGCCGCUACCGAAGAAAAGGAGCAGACCAAGAAGACCGAGCAGACAAAUGGCGAUGCUGUUACAGUGUUCCAUGACCCCGAAAAUUUCAACGUGAAGCAUCCACUCAUGCACGAAUGGACUCUCUGGUUCACGAAGCCCCCAAGUGGCAAGGGCGACAACUGGAACGACCUGUUGAAGGAGGUCGUGACUUUCAACUCGGUUGAGGAAUUCUGGGGUAUCUACAACAAGCACGGUGGCAAGUGGUCAUACUCGUUCAAAGACAAGCGCUCCGUACCGAUCGAUGAUCUUUGGCUUCACGCUCAACUGGCAGCUAUCGGCGAGACCCUUGAGAACGAUGGCGACAACGAGGUUAUGGGUGUGGUCGUGAACGUGCGCAAGGGAUUUUACCGUGUUGGUCUGUGGACACGGACGGUGGGCAAGAGCAUUCCCGGCGACAAGAACGGCCGGACACCCGCUCAAGGAAAGGAGAUCCUCGAAAACAUCGGUCGGCGCUUCAAGGAGGUGCUACGCCUGAAGGAAGCCGAUGUCGUUGAGUUCUCGGGGCACACGGACAGCGCACACAGCGGUAGCACUAGAGCUAAGGCCAAGUACACCGUUUAAACGGCCAUUUGCAUGGAUACUCAUAUCGAUUUACGAUUGACAAGAGGGACGUCUCUUCGGCGUUAAUGAGAUGAUUCUGUAAUUACGGACGAUGACGAAUGAAGUGAUAGCUUGAGGGACAGAAUAUCCGGGGAGACGACACCUCACAUCUGGAUUUUCAGCAUUUUCCUUCGAUGGCUUUCUUGUGGCAACUGGCGAUGUGUACCGUAUCUUAUCCUCAAAACGCAUUUCUGACGAGUUUAUACCAUUAUAUCUCUGGGUCCAAGGAAGGAAGAAGAAAAGAUUAUAAAAAAAAAAGCGUCUUUAUUUCGCAUUUUGUCCUCAAAGUGUGGUGCUGAUUUUGAACAGCUCUUAUAGAUAGUCGAUACCGAAUAUGUUAGUAAUGAUUCC